GCGCGCGAUUUGAUGUAUGUGUAUACUAUGCCGAGUGAUCGGAAAUGGAUAAUGUAAUAAAUGAAGAUAAUGAGAGUCUAGUGGAUUCUGCGGAAGAUAAUUUGUUGUGUGACAGAUAUGGCUUCCGUGGUGGUCAGCAAUACACGCGGCCGGAAGAAGAAGACCGUGUUCCUCUGGAAGUGUUACGUUCACGUGAACUGAAAUGGCGUAAAAUGUGCUCCAAUUGGAGUUUAUGGUAUUUUAAAUAUCAUCAAAAGCUGCGUGAUCGAUGUCGUAAGGGAAUUCCCGAUUCAUUUCGUUGUGAAGCUUGGCAACGACUCUGUGCAAGCCCGAUGGUACUUGUUCAGCGGCAACGGAUAACAUGUAAUGACCAAAUGGAAGCACAAACAACACCAGCCUCGAUAGGCAGUAAUCAAAACAAUAAUCAUAACAGUAAACACAAAUUUCCAAAGAGUCGUGUCGGCACAUUAUCAAAUCAAACUAACUAUAAAAGUCUCCAAACUAUUAUCACUUCUCCAAGUUUCCACACUAGUCAAGGGAAAGAAGACGAUAGAUGGGACAAAAUAAAACGCAGACUUUUAUACCGAAAAUUGCAUGGAACUGAUAAUUCCAGGUUAAGUCAAGGCUCUAGUUUCCACUCUUUGCAUAUCCGAAGAAAUAAAGAUCAAAUCACUGAUGAGUCACGUGACAGUUAUGGUUAUCCAUCAGCACUUCCUUUCUCCUUACAAAUCUCUGAGAGUCCUAAUACCACUAACAGAGUAUCCCCAUGGCAACGAACUGUUUUCAACGGUGAGUCACUACGAUCAGUAUCUGGUACAACAACGCACAGCAGUCUUCAUAAUUUGCCUAGCAGUGCACUGAACAGUGUUAACUCUAGUUACAAUCAUCAACCAGCCUUACCAUAUUCAGCUUAUUCAACAAUGGCAUCUGUACAUCAUGGCAAAUCAUGUUCACCGCCUGCUACAAAUGCCAACUCUGUUGAUAUGACUGCGAAUCAUGACGUGAAAACUACACCGACUACGACUAAUACUAAUACUACUAGAAAUUCUGGUGGUUAUGCCAGUUUAAGUACUACAUCGUGUACAGACAGCUCCAGUACAAAUCAUUUCCAGAAUGAAAUUCAAAUCCUUGAAGCCUCUUCUACUGAUUCAUGUACUUCCAUACUAAUAUCGUCGUCUGUCGCAUCGUCGUCAUCACCAAUCUUAUAUCAUCGUCAACAUCAGCAAAAUACACCAAAUACUGAUUCAUCUUUUAAUCAGUCAACAAGCAUCGGUGGUAUCAAUAAUAAUGAAUAUGAAGAUGCUAGAGCUACUCUAGUCCCAGCGAUUGAUUUAGACCCAGAAAGAUUAUAUACUAAUUAUUGUAUGCAAGAAGGAACACCAGCUAAUUGUGAACAAAUACGUCGUGAUAUCGACCGACAAUUUCCUUUUCAUGAAUUAUUCAGUAAUAAAGGUGGUCAUGGUCAACAAAGUCUAUACACCUUGUUGAAGGCCUACACAAUUCGACAUCCAGAGAAAGGUUAUUGUCAAGGUCAAGCACCGUUAGCAGCUGUUCUCCUCAUGUUUAUGCCUGAAGUGGACGCUUUUUGGACAUUUAAUGAAAUUUGUGAACGUUAUCUAGAAUCUUAUUAUGAUGAUGGUUUGGAACGGGUACAGAUAGACGGGGAAGUUUUGUACGCUCUUCUGAAGUCAUUACAUCCUUCUAUAUACAAAUUCUUGAAAAAACAUUCAGUGGAGCCAAAUCUUGUUGUUUUGGAAUGGUUCAUGUGUGCCUACACACGUACCUUACCUUGGGCAGCUGUAUUAAGAAUUUGGGAUAUGUUUUUCUGUGAUGGUAAAAUUAUAUUAUUCAAAGUGGCAAUCAUCCUACUGCAUCGUUUAUUUGGUAAUCCUUCUCAUCGUAAAUCAUGCGGUGGAUUAGAUGAUAUUCUUAUGCGAUUGCGUGAAGUCCCAUCGGUUAUUGGCAAAUUAGAUGAUUUUAUUCGUGAGGUUGUUCGAGUUCCAAUCAGUGUGAAAGAAUUAAGUCAACAAAUUGUUCGUCAAUCACAAAAAUGGGCAGCUAAAACUAAAGAAAUAAAGAAGAAUGCCUGAAAUUGUCGAAGGACCUAUAGACAUAUAUAUACAUACACUUGAGCAUUUAUAAAUAUAUAUAUACAUACAUAUAUACAUGCAUAUAUCAUAUCGCUUAUGGCCGUUAAUUGUGUUGUUGUUCUAUGCUGCUAAAUGAUUUCAUCUGACCACCACCACGACCGCCACUCAGGUUAAAGAAAUCAUGAACACCCUGAUUGGAGAGAAAUAUAGUAACUAACUUGUUUGUGCUAUGCCCGGCUGCUGAAUAAAACCGCUGAAUUCUCUCGACACAAAAGUUUACAAUUCCCCCGCCUGUUUUUUAAGUAUCAUCACACGACAAGAAAAAUAGUUGAAGCUGCUCUAACUUAUUAUUUCAUAUACAGCUGCUUACAGAAAACUAUUUUUUUCUUAGUGCAAUGUACUUAACUAAUCUCCUUCCUUUUCUUUGUUUUGUUUUUUUAAAAAUAAUUGCCAGCAUUCUAUCCAUAUUACCUGAAAUAUGCGUAAUGAGUGUGUGAGUGAGUGAUCUUCACUAUCCUCUCUUUUGAUUCGUUCAUUUUGUUUUUGUGUGUGUAUUUUUUACUUGUUUAUGAAGGAUACUUGUUUUUUUUGUAUGUGUAAUUUAAUGCGCAUAUACAUACUUAAGUGUUUAAAUUGAUUCAAUUCAUGCUUCCAUACUGUUCUCGUUCUGCUUCGAUUCUACUCAGUCUGUACGUGUGUGUGUGUGUGUGGAUUGAUGAAUGAAUAACAAUUUUGUUUUAUACGCCCAAAUACUACUUAUUUUGUUUAAUAAGUAGUUAGUUAUUUUUGCUUAAAAAAUAAGAGAAAGAAACUGAUUGACAGUCAGUCGGAUAGUCAGUCAGUCAGCCAGCAUCUGCAUAUAUCUAUCUUAUCUAUUGAAAUGAAAGAUACUCAUCUUUUCUGUAUAACAUUAAUGAUUAUUUCUAAAGCCUCCUGUUUUUUUCUGUUUUUUAAAGGGAUUCGCUAAACUCCAUCUAUAAUCCGUAAUGAUUAUUAUUACUCAUUUUGCGCUAUUGUCCUUAUCACAUUUAAUGUAGGUGUAGCCUCAUUACAACCACAGCAACAACAACAAAAAACUGUGUACUCUACUUGCAUUUAUAUACAUUCUGUUUCGCCUACUAUUAUUGUUAUUAAUUAAAUAAUUAAUUAACCGUUCGCCAUUAUUAUUAUUAUUACUAUUAUUUAUUAUCUUAAAUGACUGCUAUUUAUAUAAUUUUACAGAAAUGUGAAUUAUUAUUACUAUUAAUAAUACUAUUUACACACAAAGUAGUAAAUAAGCAUCAAAUGAAAUAAAAGUGUAUAUAGAGA